ACUUUUAAAUCAAACAUGGCAACAUCUACAAAGCAACCUUUUCCUGCUUCCCAUUAUCUUCCUUUCUCUGUACAUUUUGCUUUCACUCGCAAGAUCAAGUGGGAAAGCACUCAAACUACCACCUUCCCCCCCAAAGCUACCUAUUAUUGGAAACCUUCACCAGCUAGGCGCCUUCCCGCACCCUCCCUUCGUUCUCUCUCUCGAAGUAUGGCCCACUACGAUCAUGGAGACUGAGCGUGUGACGGAGUUUCCUUUCAUUCACUUGGAUUGUCGCCCUCGAAAGAGAGAGCAUUUGGGCUGCGAUGUUCCUCAGGCCUAAAGGGAGGGUUCAACAUUCAGAACUUUGUGGGAUUUUGUAAAGCUCCUUAGUUGCAUCAUAAACAAGCUUGAGUGUUUAAGUUAUGGCGAAUGGGAAAGAAGAAACACGUUUUGUGGAAGAGAAAGCUGCCCCUGCCAGUGGUGAACAACGUUCGAUCCAACAAAGAACUAUCCAGCAUUGGAGAAAAGCACUUCCGUUUUCGAAAUCUACCAAUACUGAUAAAACUCCUGAUCAACCAAAGUCAUUCCUUCAAGAAUGGUGGAACACCAUAUUUGUAGUAUCAUGUGUGUUGGCUGUCUUACUGGAUCCUUUGUUCUUUUACAUCCCUAUAGUUAAGGAGGAUAGGAAGUGCCUCAAAUUGGACAAAAGGUUGAAGGCAAUAUCCUUUGCUUUACGAUCGUUAACAGAUCUCUUCUACAUUGCCGACCUGAUGCAUCGAAUUUUAGCUAGACCUAAAGCUAGGACAACAAAAGCAGAGGAGGGAGUUCCUUCGAAAAGAAGUAAAUCCAUGAGUAUGAAUGUUCUGGCAAAAGCUAAGAGGAUUUUGCAAUCUUACAUCCUUCUUGACAUUUUAGCUGUUCUACCCGUCCCACAGGUAGUACUUUCCAUCUUUUCAAAAAUGAGGGGCUCAAGAUCAUCGAAAACAAUGAAGUUUCUAAAUUUUCUUCUUGUGUUGCAAUAUGUGCCACGAGUUCUUCCCAUCUACCGAUUGUGUCAUGAACAUAAGAAGACUGCUAAAAAGCCAGGCAUAUGGGUCAAAAGUUUUUUCAAUUUCUUCUUGUACAUCCUUGCCAGUCAUGUAAUCGGAGCUAAUUGGUAUUUUUAUGCAAUUCAACGAGAGACAGUUUGUUGGCAAUAUGCAUGUCGAAGUGAAAAAGGAUGUGAACCUAAUACUUUUAGCUGUGAAUGUGAUGACCCUUCACCGAGAAAUAUCACAGUUUUAAAUGAUUUAUGUCCUAUAAAGCCAUCAAAUGCAACUUUUUUCGAUUUUGGUAUAUUUAAAGAUGCCAUUCAGUCUGGCGUGUUACAGUCGACAGAUUUUCCAGAGAAGUUUUUGUAUUGCUUUUGGUGGGGUCUACUAAAUCUGAGUUCUCUUGGUCAAAACCUCCAGACUAGCACUUACGCAUGGGAAAACCUAUUUGCAGUUUUUAUUUCUUUAAUUGGUCUCCUACUAUUUUUAUAUCUCAUUGGGAAUUUACAGACCUAUAUGCAGUUGUCAACCACAACGUCAGAAAAGCUUAGACGGAAGAUGAAAAUGAAAGGUCUUGAGGUAGAAUUGUGGUUAUCUGAACAUGGCUUCCCUAAGACCUGGAAAGCAAGGAUCAUGGAAAAUGUACAUCGAGUACUUGAAGAAAACAAAAAUGGUCAUGUGGAGAUCCUCACUGCUCUUCCCCCGGAAUAUUUAAGCCGUGUCACGCGCUGUCUUUGCUUGGCUACGCUAAGGAAAGUUCCAAAGCUUAAAGAGAUCGAAGGGUUGGAUGAGUUGAAAGAAAUCUGUGAGCAUUUUAAGCCAGUGAUCUAUGCUAAGGACAGCUUUAUCAUUCGAGAGGGGGAGCCCCUUGAUAUGAUACUCUUGGUCACGCAAGGGAUUGUUCGAACCUACACAACUAGCAACGGAGUAAAAAAAAAUCCCUCAACACCUAAGUCUAUUAAGAAAGGUGAUUUUUACGGAGAAGAACUUAUAACUUGGGCAUCAAAAUUUCCACCCUCCACUGAAUUACCCAUCUCGGAUAAAAAUGUUCGGUCCAUUGCAAGAGUUGAAGCAUUUGCUCUCACGGCUGAGGACUUAAAGAAUCAUGUCAUCCUUAGAUAUUUCCGGUGGCAAUUUACCAAGGGAAUUGAUCUCAACAAUUUGACCGACUCUCAAAUGCUGGAGUUGAAAAAAUUAUUGGCAGUUAUAACCAUACAAACAGCAUUUCGUCGCGCAAUAAAGCGAAGAAGCAAGCAGCCUCCUCAGCAAUAAGAGCAUCUCCAAGGAAGUUUGCAAAGGAGUAAUUCUGUUAACUGCUGUUUAGAGUUAGUUGGAGUUGUUAAUAGAAAUAAGAUUGUCUGAACCAAUUCUGUAAGAAAGUUGCUUUCUGUUACAUAUAAAAUCUGAUCACUGAUGUACAAUUCAUUCUAUUCAG